UCCCUACGAAAGAAAUCUACAUCAGAUUGUGACGACACACACUGAAAGAAACUUCCAUAAUGUUACUUGAGAUGACCUACUGCAUUUAUGUCGAUAAACACAUCAUUUCAGAUGUAUUUUUUAUCGACCCGUGUGCGCUCAACUUCAGAAUAGGUGCACGUGCUUGAAUGCCUGUUUGUUGACAUACACAUGUACAUAGAUAUAAAAUGUUGUGAGUACUCAAAACAAACAGAAACAAUGUGGACAAUAUCAAAUUUUAUAAACCCCGAACCGGGAUAAACAGACUCUCCAAUAUUUUGUAAUAUUCGACCAAUUUUUUUUUACAAGUAUUAAAAAAAUUGAUGUGUACUAAGGUCGAAUAGAAACGUGUUUAGUGUAUUCCUGAGUGGUGUUGAAGUGCGUCUGUAACACUUACCAAGAGUCAGUGGACUUGUUUCACCGCAGUAUGUCAAGGAAAUGGAGACUGGUGAAAGAUGAGGAAAACGCCGCUUUCUACAGCCACUGCAGGGAGUUACAGGACCAAGCGUCGAUUCUCAUCGGAAAGCUACAGAGCAUUCUGCGCGAACUGCGACGCCUGGACAUCCAGAAAAGCAAACCAAGAACCGCUUACAACAAGCAUGACAAAGAAGACGUCGAAAUUCAGGCUCUGCAGAUAGCGGUGGAUUUGCUGCAGAAGCUGUCAGGGAAAUUCCAGAGCCUUUCGUACCAGAAGCAACCGGCGGAAAGUGCCAAGAAGGAGGAAGCCGAGGCGGAGGUCGCCAAAGAGAGGAAGCCGUCGCCGAGCGGCAGCACCGACACCAACACGUCCACGUCCAGCGUGUCGCACCGGAAGCGGAAGCCGCCUCCGCCGCCCCCGCCGCAGCCCAAGGUGUCGCGCGCCGUGUUCGUGUACAAGGCCGAGUACUGGCAGCGCCGCCUGCACACGGUGCGCAUCACCGUGCUCUACCUGCUGCACCAGGUGGUCGUGGCCACCAUGGCGCACUGCUGCGACGUGGCGCAGCAGAACCACGGCCAGCGCACCCUCUCCAACAUGCUCAGAUUAGCAAGUCUCUAUAACGACUUGUUGUCUCUACCGUCUGCCGACAGAAUUAGUGUAGCCACCAUUUGUAGAAACACCUGCCCAAUACUGUAUCAUCCCCUAAGGAAACUCUCGAUUACCAAACUUAUUCAGAUCCUGGCACAGCACCGAGCCGAGCGGAGCUGCUACAGCCUGGUCUACACGCUGAUGCACAGCUACCAGGCUCACGAUCACUCCGGGCUGGCGACAGGGGAUGAGAUGACCAGCCCUGAGCAAACGGAAAACUCCAGCCUGGAAGUCUACAGAGCACUGGCAAAACAUAUAACUCCACCCACAAUUGGGUUUAUACCACCUGGAAGCACCACCGUCCAACAGAUUUUAGUACUGCCUGGAGGUAACAUGUCAGCCAUGGAAAGAUUGUUAGAAAUUGAAAAGGAGCACGUAGCCACACUCUUAGCUGUUGCUGCUUUCAGCGUUCCACAAAUGCUGGGCAGCAGAGGAAUAAAGCCUUCCAAAUCCUCAGGUCUCCCAAAGGUGACAAAGGAAGUCCACACCAAGGUGGUGGAAUACUACCAGGAGAUACUGUGGGGAGAGGUCGGCCAGGUGUCGGAGCACGUUGCCCUGUGGUGGGGUCCGUCCGCGCUGGGGGUGUUCCCUGUCGAACACACCCAGCAGUUCCGGGCCUGGCUGCACAAGGUACAACUCGCAGGUAGUGUGCCUCAGCCAUUGACUGCAGCCGUGCAGAGCCUGAUGGACGGGCUGUGUUGCCACAUCACUUCAGCGUCGUGGGACCAGAAUUUCAGGAUGACAGUCAUCCGGCGCAAGAAAGAUCUGGAGCACAUCAUCUACCAGUCAAAUCAGCCGCAGGGCACGCACACGGGCCAGAUGUACUCGGACAUGCUGCACGGGCUGGUGGCGCUGAGCAACGAGUGCGAGAGCAACGCCGAGUGGGCGAUGGGCGCGCCCGUCGAGGAGCUGCCGCUGGUGGAGCAGAUCCCCGUGCUGCACCGGCUGGACCACUCGGUGCACACGACGCGUCUCUGGGCGCUCGCCAACGCGCGCCGCCUCGCCUCCGCCUGGGACGUCGCCAAGUUCUUCCUGGUCAGCCAGGCCGAUAUCGCGCUCUGUAUGCGCAAGCUCCAGGAGCUGCACUUCGCUGAACAUAAGGAUCUCAGCAGCGUGUCCAGUGAGCAUGUCAUGGUGUGUGCGAAGAUGCGAGCGAAACUCGUGUCAGAAGUCAGGAGCAAUAUAGAAAAACUUAAGCAAGUUCCUGAUGAAUGCAUUUCUGUUUUGGCAUCUGUCUGUCGUACCAUCAGCUUGGCAAAUCUUCACAUGUGCUUCCCAGAGGCGAAAUACUGGCGCCAGUCACGUUCGAUGCCAAAAGCUGCGAGUCCGUAUGUGGAAAUUUAUCUAGAUAAUGUGCUGAAGCCAGUACUGAAGGCGAUGUCUCCCCUGCCAAUGACCGUGCAGCAGCAUGUUGGGGCUAUGGUUAUGAGAAUACUGUGUGAGGCCUGGCUGGACCACAUCUACAUACAUCGCAUCAAAUUUAGCGAAUGGGGCGCAGUUCAGUUGCUGAUGGACUUCGCCGCGAUUCCUACCUGGCUGGAACAGCAGAAGGACGUUUCGUCUAGUAUACAACAUUACCUCAUGAAACACGAAGUGCUGCGACGUUGCGAAGGAGUUGGGCGUUUGCUACUCAGGCGCCCAGGUGAACCGAUACCUAUGGUGGAACACAAGACCCGAUCGCGACAAGUACCUGAAUCGCCAAAUGGCUCCAACGCCUCGGAAGCAAUGGACACACUGCCAGCGGAAAUGUAUGUCCCCAACCAGGAGCAGUGGCUGGAACUGCGGGCUCCUCGCUCCAAAGGCCUGUCCUUGUGCUGCAGCAGCUGACGACAACAGAGCUUCUGAUGUCCUCGACAACACCCAGUGAAGUAUAAAGUCAAAUCGAAAGGAAUCAUUUUACAUUGAUAUACAUCUAUUUUCUCCUUACAUCAAUGGCAGUAAUUCAUUGUGAACUGUUAGCGUG